AUGUCUUCAACCAGUUACUUCUGUUUUGGUUUUUCUCUUCUGUUAUUGCUUCACAGCGCUGUGUCAAUGGACUAUGGGGCAGCUCUCACCAAGUCUUUGUUGUACUUUGAAGCUCAAAGAUCUGGAAAACUACCUCCUAACCAGCGGGUGCAAUGGCGAGGUGACUCGGCCCUAAACGAUGGUAGAGAUGCUGGGGUGGAUCUGUUGGGAGGAUAUUAUGACGCUGGAGACGAUGUGAAAUUUGGGUUUCCGAUGGCAUUCACUGUGACCAUGCUGGCAUGGGGUGUGGUGGAGUAUGGGUCACAACUCCAAGCCAAGGAGGAACUCUCAAAUGCUUUGGAAUGUAUCAAGUGGGGAACAGACUACUUCAUAAAAGCUCACCCAGAGCCUAAUGUCUUUUAUGGUGAAGUUGGUGAUGGUGAUUCUGAUCAUAGCUGCUGGCAAAGACCAGAAGACAUGACAAACACUAGAAAUUCGUAUAGGAUUGAUGAACAACAUCCUGGAGCCGACCUCGCCGGGGAAACUGCAGCUGCUUUUGCUGCUGCAGCUAUAGCUUUUAAUGGGUCAAACCCAAGUUAUUCUUCUCAACUUAUCACCCAUGCAAAACAGGUCUCUCUCUCUCUCUCUCUCUCUCUCUCCAAUUGA